AUGACAACUGUAAACAGUACAUUUACGCAAGAGUGUAAAACUGAACAAGAUUUAAGACCCGGAGAAAUGAGUGUCAACAAGUCAUUUAUUGAAAAUGAAUCACCUCCUUCUUAUAUAACAUUUCGGAAAGGCUUGAUUCCUGGUUCUCAAAACAAGAAACAAAAUUUAAUACCCUUCUAUUUAUUAAUGACUACGCUGAAAUUUAUCAGUGAUAAAUACGAUGAUUUAGACAAAAGAACUCAUGAUGUCAGCAAGCGCGUAUCUAGAAUAGAACAGCAGCUGAAAUCCACACCGGUCUUCGAGGCACGAAUCUCUGAAUUAGAAACUAAACUGGCUGAAUUUGAACAAAAAAUCUCGAAAUUGUUAUAUGGAGAUAAGUAA